AUGCAGCGGAUGAAGUCGAUCGCGAGAAGCUACGUCUACUGGCCAAACAACGACGCUGAGAUUGAAGACUUCGUGCGGAAAUGUUCGCGCUGUGCUGCUGCGGCAAAAGCUCCAGUCAAGACAACUCUUUCCUCGUGGCCGAUUCCAGUUGAACCAUGGACGCGCUUGCACCUGGACUAUGCUGGACCCAUCCAAGAAAAGUUCUUUCUGGUGAUCGUCGACGCACACUCGAAAUGGCCAGAGAUCUUCGCAGUCAACAACUCGACGGCUUCAACCACUGUCAGCAAGCUUCGAGAGUGUUUCGCAAGAUUCGGAUGUCCAGUCUCCGUGGUCACGGACAACGGAACGCAGUUCGACUCCGAGCUUUUCGCCAAGUUCUGCCGCGAGCUUGGUAUCGAGCACAUCAAGACACCACCAUUCCACCCGCAGUCUAACGGACAAGCAGAGAGGUUUGUCGACACACUGAAGCGAGCUCUUUUGAAGAUUGGCGGUGAGGACAUUGAUGCUGCUCUACAGACUUUCCUGCAAGCCUAUCGCUACACGCCGAAUGCGGUUUUACCCGACAACAAGUCACCUGCUGAAGCUUUGUUGGGGAGGAAAGUGCGCAUCGUCUUCGACCUGAUGACGAAAUCAACACCUGAAACGCCGCUCAUUAACCAACGCCAGAACGAACAGCAAACAUGGAGCCAAGAAACGCACGUUUGCGGCAGGAGAGGAAGUUUACGCUGAAAUCCACAUUCGCAAUGACAAGUAUUGGGCCAAAGGUGUGGUGAUCGAGCGCAAAGGACAGGCGGUGUACAACGUGCUACUGGACGAUCCACGACGUCGAGGAUUGAUUCGGUCGCAUGCAAACCAACUACGAUCGCGAACAACAGCUGACGAACCAGUAGUUCAAACCGAGACCAACCUACCACUAAACGUGCUGUUGGAGGAGUUUGGCGUGAACCGAACUGAAGUUGAAGCAGAUGCUGAUCCUGUUGGAGGGGAGCUUGAAGAGAUGCCGCUCGAGCAGACAACAGUCGCUGAGGAUCUACUUUCGGUUCCUGAGGAGGUGAUGGCCGUUCCAGGACCGUCACGUCCACCAAACCCGGUACCUGUGAAAGCUGUUCCAGGGCCAUCCAGACCGCGAUACGUUUGCGUUACAAGACCAAACGUAGACGUGCCUGCUCCAAGGCCGAUCGUGCGGAAGAGAGGAAUUGAACCUGUAAGCCCAGGACGAGGACCAUCCGGCAGAAAACGACGCUUUCCAUCGCA